AUGUCUCCUCACAAGACCGCAUCUCCAUUGACGAGCACCUUCCCUUCCGCUUUGGCUCAUCACUCUCACUCUUCCAAUCCAGCGAGCCCCGCGACCACGAAUGAAUCCAUCUACUCGCAAACCCAAUUCAGCUCUUCCGAAACCACAUCUCUCUCCUCUAUUGAGGAUGCUCCUCCCACUAUCAGAGCGCUGAGGCCUGGUAUCUACGUGCCUACCGUGACAUUCUUUCGAGCAGAUAACGAAGACCUUGAUCUGCCCACAAUCGCAAAACAUGCAGUCAGACUUGCACGGGCUGGUGUUGCGGGCAUCACAACGCAAGGUUCCAACGGCGAGGCUGUGCAUCUAUCUCACCAAGAGAGGAAGCAAGUGACACAGACGACCCGCCAGGCGUUGAACGAUGGAGGUUUUCACAAUGUGCCGAUUAUUGUCGGGUGUGGAGCACAGUCAACUCGUGAAACCAUCGAGCUCUGCAACGAAGCAUUGACAAGCGGAGGAGACUAUGCACUAGUCCUCCCGCCCUCCUACUUCAAGGCAAUGCUCAAUCAGGAUUCGCUGCUUGACUUUUUCCGAGAUGUGGCCGACGCGUCCCAAGUGCCCAUUCUUAUCUACAACUAUCCGGCUGCUUCGGGCGGAAUUGAUUUCACAUCAGACACUAUCAGCAUCCUAGCUAAGCAUCCUAAUAUUGUCGGCUGCAAACUUACGUGUGGUAAUACGGGGAAGCUGGCUCGCAUUGCAGCGGCGACAGCAGCAGCUACGCCUACCGAUCCAGGAUCUGGCUUCAUGUGCAUGGGAGGCUCCACAGACUUCACACUUCAGACUCUAGCCGUUGGUGGCUCGGGUAUUAUUGGUGGAAUGGCCAACAUUGCACCCAAAGCGACCGUGAAGAUUGUUGAAUUAUGGGCGAAAGGAAAUCUAGCGGAGGCGCAAAAAUUGCAAGCUGUGGUCGCUCGAGGCGACUGGGCAGCGAUCUCCGGAGGCAUUGUGGGAACCAAAAGCGCGUUGCAGACGUAUUUCGGCUACGGUGGCUUUGGACGCAAACCACUCCCCAAGCCAUCCACCAAAGAGGACUCAGCCUUUGCGAGCAGCUUCAAGGAGUUGGUGGAUCUUGAAAAGACUUUCGACUGA